AUGUCGGAGCCCCAGCAGGGCCAGAUGCCUCCGGGCAUGGUCAGGCCGACCCCCGAGCAGAUUGCCGCCAUGCAGCGCCAACUCGCCGCUGACGCGGAACGAGCUGGCAUGACGGUCCCCGAGUUCAUCGAGCACAUAAAGAAGCAGCAGAUGGAGAUGAUGCGACAGCAGCAGCAGCAGCGGCAGCAGCAACAGGGCCAAGACGGCCACGAUGAUGGUGAUGAAGAUGAUGACAAUGGCCACCAGCAGCAGGGCCAGGGUCAACCUAUCACUCCAGGCCCUCCCAAUCCCCUUGCGAUUGCGCUGGCCAACUUCUUGAGAAGUCAAGAUCUCAAGCCCCGCACUUGCAUUCUCAAUGGCGAACGCAAGGACAUGUUUAGAGUCAAACGUGCACUCCGCGCCAUCCAAUCCCCCGCAUACGAAAAGGCCCGCAAGAAGAACCCCGCCCUCCCCGAGGUCACAGACCGCGCCUCGCUCGAGAACUGCUUCAAGCUGCUACCUCUUUCCAUGCUGGCGCUGCGUGUAAACAAGAUCGACCCCCACGAGGGACACGACCACCCACCGAAGAAGGGGAAGCGCGUCAAGGGCUUGUGGACGGUGAACAUCGAGCCUCAGCAGGAAGCCGGCGAUGACAUGUACUACGUUUGGCUGUACGAGGGCAGCCAGAUCAUGCGCAAGGUGUACGCUGCUCUUGCCCUGAUCGUCAUCUUUGCCAUCGUUCUAUACCCUCUUUGGCCUCUCUUCAUGCGCCAGGGCGUCUACUACCUCAGUUGGGGUUUCCUGAUGCUCCUUGGUCUCUUCUUCCUGAUGGCCAUUUUCCGGGUUAUAUUGUUUUGCGUUACAUAUUUCGUCUUGUCUCCUGGACUGUGGCUGUUCCCCAACCUCUGGGAAGACGUUAGUUUUGUCGACAGCUUCAAGCCUGUAUGGGCCUGGCACGAGACCGAGAAGAAGAAGAAGAAGAAGUCCAAGUCAGGUGCUUCAGGGGGUUCCUCCAAGGCGGGAGCUGCCUUUGCCGGCGCAACUGGUCAGCCUUUGCCUGCUUCAGCCACGACGACAGCAACAGAAACUAUGGUCGCCACCAGCCCGGUCGAGAGACGCGGCUAUACCGCACCACAGGUGGAGGAACUCGACGAUGACGAGUAG